GACAGACAGACACUAAUAUUUUAAAAAGCGAGCAUAUGCCUGGAAAGAGCGCAACACAGUGCCACGGAUACUAAGACAAGGAUGGAAAUUAGGAAAUAGAGUGAAGGUGCCCAUAAUAAGAAGACAGUGACAGGUUUACAUUCAGGAUUAUGCAUGGUUCCCUUAGGCAAUAAUAUUACCCCGCAUGCAAUAGAAACAUAGCCUAGUAAGGGGUGAAUAUUUAUUAUAAACGUUCCAUUUAUUGCAUGCUCUCUUCCUCUCGCAACUCUACAUUUUUUCUCACACGUCUGCCGCGCGCGUAAUUGCUCACAAUCUCUCCCUCCCUCCUUCCCUUGUGCCACUCAGUCAUUCACUCUCUCUCUCUCUCACUUUUCGUGGGAGAAAGUAGGAAAGGGGAGAGAGAACGAGAGAGAAAGGAGAGGGAGUGAAUUCAGGUCUCUCUCUGCUCUCUCCGCUGUGGGCACUCAUAUCCACUCCGCUGACUCAAUGGGGCUUUAGCACUUGGAAUAUAAAAUCAAAUAUUUAUUGAUCGUACCCCUUUUACUAUUUAAAUGUUGUACAUAGCAUAGGUAGAUAUAGGUAACUUAUUAAAUAAGCGUUAAGAAGAGUUCAAAUACGUUGUUUUUUGCCUCACAGAAGGUCCAGUCGAAAUUCUCUUCCACUGACUUUCUGUGAGAGAGGAUAUCUAAUUUGAACAUAUCCGAUCAUAUAGUCCAGCGUCAAACAGCUACAAAACAAUGGAUAUUCGAGAUUGCCCUUUUCGGAAGAAGCGGAGACCAUGGAGCGUGGACCUUUCCUCUUUUGCCUUGGUAACUCUGGUGCUCGCGCUGUGCCAACUACCCGUGGCUCGAGCAGAUCCAGUGGAUGUGUUGCGGAUGCUGCAGCUGCCCUCUCUCCCCGAGGGGGUGCGUAAGGUUCCAGGCUUCUGCACCUCCCGGCGCGCCGGUACCGCUGACCACGCCUACCGCAUCUCCAAGAAGGCCCAGAUCUCUGCCCCUACCAAUCAGCUCUUCUCAGGUCGUUUCCCGGAGAACUUCUCCAUCAUGGCUCUGGUCAAGGCCCAUGCGGGCCUCCAGGCCUUCCUGCUGUCCAUCUACAGUGAGCAGGGUGUCCAGCAGCUGGGGGUGGAGCUGGGACGCUCCCCUGUCUUCCUGUACGAGGACCAGACCGGCAAGCCCGCACCCGAGGACUACCCCCUCUUCAGUGGCGUCAACCUGGCCGACGGCAAGUGGCAUCGCAUCGCUAUCUCCGUGUCGAAGAAGAACGUCACUCUGCUCCUGGACUGUAAGAAGCGCAUGACCAGGGCCUUGCCCCGCAGCAAAAGCCCCGUGGUGGACACAAAGGGCAUCACCGUGUUCGGAGCACGCCUGCUGGAUGAGGAGGUCUUCCAGGGUGAUAUCCAACAGCUGCUGAUCGCAUCCAACCCUCAAGCUGCUUAUGACUUCUGUGAACACUACAGCCCCGACUGUGACUCCCCUCUACCCAAAACCCAGUCCCAGGACCCCAACACAUACAAGGAUGCCAAUGGCAAUGCUGACAAACGCAAACCUGUAGUAGUUAAGGCUGUAAAACCUGUAGUAGUUAAGGCUGUAAAACCUGUAGUAGUUAAGGCUGCAAAACCUGUAGUAGUUAAGGCUGCAAAACCUGUAGUAGUUAAGGCGGCAAAACCCGUAGUAGUUAAGGCUGUAAAACCUGUAGUAAAGGCUGCAAAACCUGUAGUAAAGGCGGCCAAACCUGUAGAAGUUAAGGCGACAAAACCUGUAGUAGUUAAGGCUGCAAAACCUGUAGUAGUUAAGGCUGCAAAACCUGUAGUAGUUAAGGCUGCAAAACCUGUAGUAGUUAAGGCUGCAAAACCUGUAGUAGAUAAGGCGGCAAAACCUGCCCCAUCCAAACCUGCGAAAGCAGAGAUUGCCAAGCUUGAGGCCAAAGCUGCCGCACCUGCCACAGCCAAACUAGCUAAAACCGAACCUGCUGCCACCAAGCCCACCAAAGCCAAGCCUUCCCCGGCCAAACAAGCCAAAGCCAAACCAACUGCAAUUGAAGUCCUCCUGGCCAAGAUCAAACCCACUGCAGUCACACCAGUGGUCAAGCCCACACCUGCCACAAAAAAUGGCGGUGGAAAAAAAGUCAAUGGCAAGCCUGUAGUAGAGAAGAAACUAAAUGGUAAUUCCAAGGUCAAUGGCUAUGCCCAACCUGUAGUUGAGAAGAAAGUAAAAGGUGAGGCCAAAGUUAAUGGCAACGGUAAAACUGCUGAGGAUAAGAAAGUUAAUGGUGAUGGGAAAAGCGGCAGUUACAGAAAAGCUAAUGUCAACGGUGUAGGAGCAGCCAAACCUGGAACCACUAAAGCCCCGACAGAAAGAAAAGUCACCAAAGUUCAAAUAGACAAAACUGUGGUCAGCAAAGUGAAACCAGCAAAACCAGAAACCGAAGUCAAAGUUAAAGUAGUAAAAACCGAAAUCACUAAAGCCAAACCAACAGAGUCGGUCGUCAUCAAAGUUCCUCCCUUCCCCAAACCUGCACCAAAGAAAGAGCUGCCAGAGAAAACCAAGGUGGCGCUUGAUGUAAAUAACAUCAAAUCGAUGACCCAAAAAAUGCCUCCCUUUGGCAAGACUGCACUCAGUGGCACCGUCGUCCCUGUGCCGGAAAAACCAAAGAAGAAACCGGGCAACGGUUAUCAACAGGAUGUAGAAACGGCAAAUUCUGAGGCUGGCCACACCCCUACAGAGUCGGAUUAUUAUUAUGAGGAGGCGGUCCUACAGCCAGAGAGUGAGGUGAUUGGACAAGAAGCGACCACUGGCCAGGUGGAGGGAACGUUGGUGGCAGAGGAGGUAGAGUUGGCCAAGGCAGGGGGUGAGGUCGAGGCCUUUACUGAGGAGGAGUAUGUGACCGGAGACCUGGGCAUGAAGGAAUACGAUUAUUCCUACAAGGACUACAACGAGCCCCUGCCCGAGGGAGAGACCGGGGGCAACAUGGGCCCCGCCCUGUCCGCUGUGACAGACGAGGGAGGCGCCUCAGUGAGCGCCGUAAAAGGCGAGAAGGGAGAGCCUGCUGUCCUUGAGCCUGGUAUGUUGAUUGAGGGACCUCCGGGACCAGAGGGACAGGCAGGUCUCCCCGGACCUAAUGGCCCAUCUGGCCCUCCUGGCUCUGUCGGUGAUCCUGGCGAGAGGGGCCUCCCUGGAAAGGCUGGUAUCGCUGGUGCCGAUGGGGUGCCAGGCCCUCCUGGAACGUCCGUCAUGCUGCCCUUCCGUUUCGGAAGCAGUGGAGGUGACAAGGGUCCCAUGGUGUCAGCGCAGGAAGCCCAGGCUCAGGCCAUUCUGUCUCAGGCCAGGCUGGCUCUGAAGGGACCACCCGGACCAAUGGGCUACACUGGACGCACAGGACCCCUGGGUACCCCUGGAAGUGCUGGGCUGAAGGGUGAAGGUGGGGAUCCUGGACCUCAGGGCCCCAGAGGACCACAGGGUUUGAGCGGACCUCCCGGCAAAUCAGGAAGAAGGGGUCGUGCUGGAGCUGAUGGAGCCAGGGGCAUGCCAGGAGAGGGUGGGCCUAAGGGUGACCGCGGUUUCGAUGGCCUGCCUGGAUUGCCUGGGGACAAAGGACACAGGGGUGAUACCGGAGGAUUGGGACCCCAAGGAGGUCCUGGAGAGGACGGAGAGAGGGGAGACGACGGAGACAUCGGACCCAGAGGACUUCCAGGUGAACCAGGACCUCGUGGUUUGCUCGGUCCUAAAGGUCCGAACGGAAUCUCCGGACCUCCUGGUGUGCGUGGAAACGACGGGCCCCACGGUCCUAAAGGAAACCUGGGUCCCCAAGGAGAGCCAGGCCCCCCAGGGCAGCAGGGUACCUCAGGAACACAGGGAAUGCCAGGACCACAGGGAGCCCAUGGGCCCCCAGGAGAAAAGGGCCCCACAGGGAAACCCGGUCUGCCAGGCAUGUCCGGAGCCGACGGCCCCCCUGGUCACCCAGGAAAGGAGGGACCUGUUGGCACCAAAGGAAACCAGGGCCCCAACGGUCCUCAGGGAACAUUAGGCUAUCCUGGCCCUCGUGGCAUUAAGGGAACUCAAGGUAUCCGUGGACUGAAGGGUCACAAAGGAGAGAAGGGAGAAGAUGGCUUCCCUGGAAUCAAAGGAGACUUUGGUGUCAAGGGGGAAAGAGGAGAGGGUGGAGUGCCCGGUCCCAGGGGAGAGGACGGCCCUGAGGGGCCAAAGGGCCGCGUUGGCCCCCCUGGCGAGCUUGGACCCAUCGGCCUGGUCGGAGAGAAGGGUAAACUCGGUGUCCCUGGACUUCCUGGCUAUCCUGGAAGACUUGGACCUAAGGGCUCCCUCGGUUUCCCAGGAUUCCCUGGGACCAACGGCGAGAAAGGAACACGGGGUCUGAUUGGAAAGCUGGGACCCAGAGGACAAAGAGGACCAACGGGCCCCAGAGGUCAGAGAGGACCGAGAGGAUCUACUGGCAAACCAGGAGCCAAAGGUACAUCAGGAAGUGACGGCCCAUCUGGUCCACCAGGAGAGAGGGGAUUGCCCGGACCUCAAGGAGCAAACGGUUUCCCGGGGCCAAAGGGACCUCCCGGACCACCAGGGAAGGAUGGACUGCCCGGACACCCUGGACAGAGAGGAGAAGUUGGAUUCCAAGGAAAGACUGGGCCACCCGGACCUCCAGGUGUUGUUGGACCUCAAGGUCCCUCAGGAGAGACUGGCCCCCUGGGCGAGCGCGGUCACCCCGGGCCUCCAGGACCACCAGGCGAGCAAGGACUCUCCGGACCCUCUGGCAAGGAGGGAACUAAGGGAGACCCUGGUCCCCAAGGCGGCCCCGGCAAAGAUGGACCCCCAGGACUGAGAGGCUUCCCCGGAGAGAGAGGAAUGCCUGGCACCCCGGGAGGCGGCGGACUGAAAGGAAGCGAAGGCCCAGCAGGACCUCCCGGAACAGCUGGAUCCCCAGGCGAGAGAGGGCAGGGAGGCAGUGGAGGCCCCAUCGGACCCCCAGGAAGACCUGGCCCCCAGGGGCCUCCAGGACCAUCAGGAGAGAAGGGCGUGCCCGGGGAGAAAGGUCCAAUCGGCCCGGCUGGUCGUGACGGUGUCCAGGGCCCAGUGGGUCUGCCAGGUGCUGCCGGAUCCAUUGGAGUUCCAGGAGAGGACGGAGACAAGGGUGAGGUUGGAGAGCACGGCCAGAAGGGAGCGAAGGGCGGCAAAGGAGAGCAUGGUCCUCCCGGUCCACCAGGGCCAAUGGGUCCACUCGGUCAGCCCGGCACUGCUGGAGCUGAUGGAGAACUAGGAGCCAGAGGUCAGCAGGGGCCAUUUGGGGCCAAGGGAGAUGAAGGAUCAAGAGGAUUCCCAGGGGCCCCAGGUCCCAUUGGACUGCAGGGAUUGCCAGGCCCAUCAGGAGAGAAGGGAGAGACGGGAGAUGUCGGACCAAUGGGUCCACCUGGCCCCCCAGGACCCCGUGGCCCUGCUGGUUCAAGCGGCGCUGACGGUCCUCAAGGUCCUCCUGGUGGUGUGGGUAACCCUGGAAACCUGGGAGAUAAGGGAGAGCCUGGCGAAGCCGGACCACCUGGAAUCGGAGGAGAGCCAGGAAAGAAGGGCCCACGUGGAGAACACGGAGACAAGGGAGAGGCGGGACAACCUGGUACUUCUGGCCCUGCUGGUGGAAGAGGAGGCCCUGGAGACGACGGACCCAAGGGAAACCCUGGCCCUGUUGGUUUCCCAGGCGACCCCGGGCCCCCUGGUGAACUCGGCCCCAGAGGUCAGGACGGAGCAAAGGGAGAGAGAGGAGAGGACGGUGAACAAGGACAAGCUGGAUCUCCUGGACCCACUGGUGAGAACGGGCCUCCUGGAGGACCAGGAAAGAGGGGUCUUGCUGGAACGAGAGGACCAGAGGGACGACAGGGAGAGAAGGGAACUAAGGGAGAUCCAGGUGCCAACGGACCUCCAGGAAAGACAGGCCCCGUCGGACCUCAGGGUCAACCAGGAAAACCAGGAACUGAGGGUCUGAGAGGACUCCCUGGAUCAGUGGGCGAGCAGGGUUCUCCGGGCCUUUCCGGCCAGAAGGGACCUCCCGGCCCGCUGGGACCGCCAGGUUUGCCAGGACUGCGUGGCGAGGGCGGUGACAAGGGAGAGAAGGGACACUCGGGUCUGAUUGGUCUGAUUGGGCCCACCGGAGAGCAGGGAGAGAAGGGAGACAGGGGACUGCCAGGGCCACAGGGGACACACGGAUCCAAGGGAGAGACUGGUGUUUCUGGAGGCACUGGGCCCAUCGGUCCUGGUGGCCCUGCUGGUAUGCCCGGUCCUGAAGGUGUGAAGGGAGCUAAGGGUGCUACAGGAGGAGCUGGUCCCAAGGGAGAGAAGGGUGUCUCAGGACCCCCCGGGCCUCCAGGUCCUCCAGGCGAAGUCAUCCAGCCGAUGCCCAUCCAAAUCUCCAAGAAGUCCAAGCGCUCCAUCGACGCCAGCCGGAUGCAGUCUGAGACAGACGCAGAGUCGGCUGUAGCCGACGCCACCGGCACAGAGUUCCUGACAGGCAGUGAGGGCAUGGAGGAGAUCUUCGGCUCACUGAACUCGCUGCGACAGGAGAUUGAGACCAUGCGCUUCCCUCUGGGCACCAAGGACAGCCCCGCACGCACCUGCCAGGACCUCAAACUCAGCCAGCCAGAGCUCAAGGACGGAGAGUACUGGAUCGACCCCAACCAGGGUUGCUCUCGCGACUCUCUCAAGGUGUUCUGUAACUUCACCGCUGGUGGGGAGACGUGUCUGUACCCCAGCAAGAGCGUGGACACGGUAAAGCUCAACUCUUGGACCACGGAGAAACCGGGCUCCUGGUACAGUGAGUUUGCAACUGGCAGCAAGCUUUCGUACGUGGACUCGAAUGGCGAGCCGAUCGGCGUGGUUCAGUUGGGCUUCCUGCGGUUGCUGAGUGUCCAGGCCCGCCAGAAUUUCACCUAUCACUGCCACCGCUCCGUGGCCUGGGCCGACCGCACUGCCAAUAACGGCCACAAGAGGGCGUUGCACUUCCAGGGCGCCAACGAUGAGGACCUCAGCUACGAGACCAGCCCAUACAUCAAGGCCCUGGUCGACGGCUGCUCUUAUCGUAAGGGCUUCGACAGGACAGUGGUGGAGGUGAACACGCCCCAGGUGGAGCAGCUUCCUCUGCGGGACCUCAAGAUCACAGACUUUGGGGAGAGCAACCAGAAAUUUGGCUUUGAAGUUGGACCUGUCUGUUUCCUGGGCUAACACACCGUACAGAGAAAUGAGAAACACAUAUAGAAUAUACACUUACUAUGAUGCACACACACUCUGUCACACACACACUCAUGCACUUAACACAAACAUUGACACAUUUGCAUAGACAUGGCAAUAUACAGGACAUGCCCAGUAAUUUGUACAUUUAUUUCAGGAUAUCAAACACACACACACACACACACACACACACACACACACACACACACACACACACACACACACACACACACACACACAC